AGGGGAUCCCUCAUCCACUUGAACCUCAGUGUCCCUAACACCUCACGUGGACAAUGUUACACUGUUGAAAUCUUGGCUAUAAGGCAACAUGAACUCACAGAUUCAAGAGUUAUUCCAUGAAAAUGCUAAGGGCUCUCAGAUGCAUGCUGAGCCAUGGUGGAAGGUGAAUCUGUUCGUAUGGGAACCUGUGCUCUUUGGCACAUGGGAUGGUGUCUUUACCACAUGCAUGAUCAACAUUUUUGGAGUAGUGUUGUUUCUUCGCACUGGUUGGCUUGUUGGUAACACUGGAGUGUUGCUGGGCUUGCUCCUGGUGUCAUUGGUGGUAUUGGUCGCUCUGGUGACAGUGCUGUCAGGUAUUGGGGUGUGUGAGCGCUGUAGUGUUGGCAGUGGGGGUGUUUAUUCAAUGAUCUCAACGGUUCUUGGAGGAAGAGUUGGAGGCACUGUAGGCCUCCUCUAUGUGUUUGGACAGUGUGUGGCUGGAGCCAUGUACGUCACAGGCUUUGCAGAGUCAAUAGCAGAAUUGCUGACUGUGGAGAGUGUGUGGGCUGUCAGGGGGAUCUCUGUGGCCGUCCUGCUGGCCCUGCUAGGGAUCAACUUGGCUGGGGUGAAAUGGAUCAUCCGGCUACAGCUGGUCCUUCUGGCCAUCCUGGCAGUGUCCACUUUGGACUUUAUUAUCGGGACCUUUAGCCACCUGGAUUCAGAACAUGGAUUCAUUGGCUAUUCAGAAGAGCUCUUGUGGAAGAACACUCUGCCAGACUACACUGCUGGAGAGACUUUCUUCACUGUGUUUGGAGUUUUCUUUCCAGCUGCUACAGGUGUGAUGGCAGGAUUCAACAUGAGCUCAGAUCUUCAAAAGCCUGAGCACAACAUCCCUGUGGGGACCCUGGCUGCUGUCUUCACCUCGUGGUUCCUGUAUCUUGUCUUUGUAUUCUUGCUGGGAGCUAUAUGUACCAGAGACGCCCUGCGCUAUGACUUCUUAAUAGCAGAAAAGGUCUCCUUGGUGGGUUUCCUGUUUCUGCUGGGCCUCUAUGUCUCCUCCCUGGCCUCCUGUAUGGGUGGCUUGUAUGGCGCACCCAGGGUUCUGCAGUGUAUUGCCCAGGAGAGAGUUAUCCCAACUCUGACUUUCCUGGGCCAGUGGAAGGGUCGCAACAAAACGCCAGUGGCGGCCAUUUGUUUGACGAGCUUGAUCUCCAUGGCCUUCAUCUUCAUCGGGCAGGUCAACGUUUUGGCUCCCAUCGUCACCAUCAACUUCAUGCUGACCUAUAGUAUUAUUGACUACUGCUACUUCUGUGUGGCCAAAAGCUAUGAGCUGCAAGCCAAGCAGAGGAAGCCCUUAACUGAAAAACCCAGUUCAAGGAAACCACUGGUGGCUACCAGUCACCCAUGCUAUGGCAGCAACAGUGUCAUGAACAACACCAACAAUGGCACUCUUCUGGAGUUCACCAAGGACAUGAACCAGAUAUUCCCACUGCCCACUGCAGACAGCCUAGAAGAAGAGAGAGCCUCCAGUUCCACAGCCAGGGCCCAGGGCAAGAAGGCAAAAGUUCCUGCUAAGGAAACACUGAACAGCAGUUUCAGGUUGCAUUUGAACAACAAGAGUCCACUAGAGAAAGUAAUGGAUGAGGGGAUGUUUGAGCAAAGCUUUGGCCAAGAUGAUGAGACCAGCAGCCAGGUAGGGCUUAUGGAGUCUGAGCCAAGAGUGGAGAGGAAACAGGCCUUGCUUACUGAAAGCCCUAUUGAACUGGAUCAGCUACCAGGAGAGCCAAUAGAAAAGAAUGAUUUGAAACAAAAGAUGGAGGGAUCAGAACUCAGACCAAUCCCAAAAUCCUUUUAUGCCAGGUUCUGCAACCAUUGGGUAGCAUUAAUUGGCGCUCUGUGCUCUGUUAUGAUAAUGUUCGUCAUCCAGUGGGUGUAUGCCUUGGUGAACAUUAGUGUUGCCCUCCUCCUGUACCUCUACAUUGGAAAAGCAAGCCCUGGUUUGCCAACAGGUGCAGCAGCACACUUCAGUUUUUUCCAAUGGAUUAAGAAUUCUCUGAGUAAUCUGGGCAGGGGAAAACAAGCAAUUCAGGACCAGAUUGUGGUGACACCUUCUUUGUCAGAGGUUGGCAUGGAAACCAAGCAGUUGACUGAGGAAAAUGCGGACUUUGCUUUCCGAGACCGUUACCAUCAUUCAUCCAUUAUCACCACCACAGACAAAAUGGUUCAUCCUUAGCUCACUUAACAGACCUCAUCCCCCUUAACUGGUCCUGCAAUGCAUAGCACAGGUGAACUGAGUCAGGGUCAAGUUGUUUUUUUUACGUGAUCCUCAAUCAGCACACCUUCUUUGGUAUGAAUUUAUGAAUAUCAGCAAAUACUUAAGAAUCUAUAGAACUACAUAAAACUGUACAUAGAUACAACUUUAUAGAUUACAAUGUCUAAUGAGAGCAGUCUAAUACCAUAUAAGUAGUUUUGUUCUUAGACAGGCUCUGGCCUACACUCUACAUGCAAAUGGACAGGGCUUGUAACUUAUGAAAUAUUACAUCUUAUUAGGUGUUGUUUGACUUUUGUUUUUGUUAUUUUUCGAUUGGUAUCAUGCUGCUUAUUUCAAGAACAAUUUGAAGUAUGCUGUGGGCAGAACAAGUGAGUUUAAAUUUUCAAUGUACAGGAAGUGCAAUAAAUCUAAUAUAAACCUAUCCACAUGACGGAAAGGGUAGGUGCAGUCUUUUCAGACUUUGUUACAGCCUGUGUUUCGAUAGGCUCCUUAAGCAGUGAUUUGCAAUAAACGGAAGAUAAAGAUGUGUCAAAUGCA